CAAGCCCCAGGCGAACUGGCUGCUUUCUCUCUCUCUCUCCUCCUUCCCUCUCAUUCUUCGUGGCAUUGUAUCCGUUUCCGCCUGACAAACGACAGACUUGGCGUGCCAUCAAAUUCUCAGCUGCCGUCACAACAGUUACUUCACUCUGACUGGUCUCUUGCUCAGUUGCUGCUUCGCUUUUUCUUUGUACAAUCACUUAUUCUUUCGCCGUUUGCGUCUAUAAUCUCCGCCUGCGUCAUCAUUCAGGAGCCUCAAGCCAUUCGUUUAUCACAAUUCUCGUUUUAUAUUGUCCCGGUUCGCUGAGCGAUGGCGACUUCAGACCGGCCUAAUUACUUGCCACCUCUCAACGUCCGUGCUGAUGCAGGGGAGCGUGACAGCGAGGCUGGCCCUGCCCAUCAACCGCGUACAGCGAGUUCAGCGCAUAGUGGUGGAGGAGCAAGUGGUGCAGGGCUCUCUCGCAGUACGUCUGGCGCCUCACGCGCUCGUUCUGGCUAUACUACUGGAGGGAGCCAUGCUCCGCGUUCUCCAUCUGCGUAUUCAACAACUUUCACUAUCCCUUCUUCCACUGGACCACAUUCGACAUCUCCAUCUCCACCUCCGCUCAGCUCAACGCAUGCCGGUGGGAUUCUGCCCUCUGCUUCAUUCUUCCACCCAUCUCGACCUACGUACUAUACUGACUUCGGUCCAUUAUUCAACUUCAAUCUGGGAGGCAAUGCUCUUGGUGCGAUACCUAUGUCUACAGUUGUUCGCUCCACCGUAUCAUCACAUCCUGAGGAUCCUCGACCAGAAUCGACUGGUUCAGACAGCUUUGCUCAGCAAUCAAUUACAAGCGAAGAACACCCGCCGAACAGCGCUGGUAGGGAGAGGUCUGGCUCAGCCUCUCACACAAAUGUGCCUCUUGGUCUUACCGGUGUCAGUCGCGGCUUCUCAACAAAGAAAAGCAGAGAACCCUUGCUUCCUAUUGGACAAAAGCCGAAGCCAGUCGUAACUACCCCGCGAUCCAAUUCGAACACCAGUAUGCCUGCUACAAAGCUGCCCGGACUUGGGGGAUAUGGCAGAUGGAAUGACAGUCCCGCAGGCAAAGGCGAAGAGUCGGGAAUUGGAUACACAUUUGGUUCUACUGGACGGGUCCGCACGAGCUUGGAGAAAUUUCUCCGGAGAACUCUCAGCAAUGACACGCAGAUGGCGGAGGACACGUCAUAUGUAAAGGAUUCAGCACAGUUGUCGAGCGUGGAAGAUUUUGAGUCACGAGGGCGUAAGUCUGAAGAUCCUUACAUUGAGUUCAAGUCUAGUCCUGGCGCAUUGUUCGACGAGGAUGGGACGAUGCAUAUAACGCGCGGUCAUGUUGUAACUGGCCCGUCAGCAAUGUCUCGCCGACAGCGAAACAUUGGACACCAACCGCGAUCCUCGGAUUUCACUCCCGUUCCACCGACGACGGAGCCCCCUCUUUCACGCACACCGAUCCUUGACUCCUCUGGGAAGCCGACACCGAAAUACAAGCUGCAUCCAUCACACAAUAAGUUCUUCCUGAAAGGCAGAAUGCUUACAGGUGGUGAUAGUAUUUGGCCCUUCGUAUGCUCCGUUGUACUCGUCUUUGGAAUCACAGGUACAUGGUCUGGGACAACCGCUGUCUGGUGGUGGAGGAACGAGAGUCCCGCGGUAGCUAUCAUAGGCGCUUACAUGUGCUUGAUGACCAUAGCGAACAUGAUGGCCACAGCUUUUAGUGACCCUGGAAUUUUGCCCCGAAAUCUCGAUCCCGAACCUCCUUAUGCCAAAUCCUCGUCAUCAGAAGAUGCCGCUCCUGUACCUUUGCCUCGGGAUCUCAAAAUUCGAUCGGAAGUGGUACGUGUAAAGUAUUGUCAAACGUGUCGAACAUAUCGCCCGCCGAGGUCUAGUCAUUGCAGAAUGUGUGAUAAUUGUGUGGACGGAUGUGAUCACCACUGUCAGUGGGUAAAUAACUGCGUCGGGCGACGAAACUACACUUCGUUCAUCUUGUUCCUGACUUCUGCCACUUUAACACUGUGCCUAAUGAUUUGCACCUCAGCGUUGCAUCUCGUCAUCCAGGCGCAUAGAGAACACAUUACUGCCGCCUCAUCGCUGCAUAAGGGUGCGGGCAGUGCAGUCGUCUUCGCGCUAAGUGCGAUCGUCGUAUGGCCCGUUGGGGGACUUCUCGGAUAUCACGUACGGCUUCUGCUACUGAAUCUUACAACAAUCGAACAGAUUCGUAGCUCAGCUCACAAGAGCAUUGUACGCGGGCCGGCGCCGCCCAACCCGUUCGCGCUUGGCAGUUGGCGUCACAAUCUCGCAGAAAUGCUCUGCCGCAGCCAAGGUAUGUCUUGGCUGUCUGCCUCGGAAUAUGCAACGGAGGACAAGCGCCUGCCAAAUCCCGGGGCGGAAAUACGGGGAUGAUGAUGGAGCGUCUUGUCGGAUGCAAGGUGAACCGUAAUAGAAGGUGUAAUUACCAACGCUGUGAUAUUUCCCAUCUCGUUUGUUGGAUGAUCAUUUUCACCGGGCCGGAAAUAGUAUUACCAUCUACGGCUCGAGCUGCCCGAAUAUAGACA